GGGAGAGCCCAGUCAGAGGCGUUCAAUUUGAGCGGCCCCAUGCAGAGGCGCGCCAAGCGCGACCGACAGCCGCAAACAGGCGAAGCUUUCAUACUCAUUCCCAUACGCAUUAGGUAGGCCGCAGAGUGGACGGCACAAGUACUCCUACCUCGUCAGGCGCUGCAUAGGAUCUUAAACUCGCGGGCAUUUGCUUGUCUAAACUCUCCGACCCCACCUGCGCUCCUACUGAGGCUGUACUUGCUGCCUACCUGAUCACAAACUUGGAGGUAGCUUUACAGAAGCCGCUUUCGCCGUGUUUGUGUCGAUCCGAAGCUUUGCGCCCAAGCCGAUUCUGACCAGAGCCAGAGCUCUGCCAACUUCCUUAUAGUCAUGGCUGCCGUCGUCGAUCUGUCGGCGGCGCUGGCCGCGACCUUCAGGCCGGAUGCCAACAUCCGCCAGCAGGCAGAGCAGCACCUGGACCAGCUGAAGCAGACGAACUUCCCUAGCUACCUGGCGAGCAUCACCAACGAGCUGGGCAAUGAGGAGCGCCCAGACGACGUCCGCCAGGCAGCUGGUCUCCAGCUUAAGAACUCGGUCGAUGCCAAGGACGCUGCCCGCCGCACGGACCUGAUGAACAAGUGGAUGAGCACAGACGCACAGCUCAAGCAGCACAUCCGCGACGUCCUGCUGCGGUGCCUGCACUCUCCGAAAGGAGAUGUGCGGAAGACCACGGCGCUGGUUAUUGCCAAAAUUGCGGGCAUCGACCUGCAGGCUAAGGAGUGGCCCAACCUCAUUCCAUCGCUGCUGAACAACAUGGGCGCGCAGCCGCCCGCGCCGGUCGGGACCCGGCAGGCCACGCUCAUGACCCUGGGCUACAUCUGCGAGGAGGUGGACGAGUCGCUGCUCUCCCCGGAGAACGUCAACAUGAUCCUGACCGCCGUGGUGGCGGGCAUGGGCCCCGGCGAGCCGGACGAGCCGCGCCUUGCGGCUAUCCGCGCGCUCACCAACGCCAUCCACCUGGCGAAGAACAACUUCGAGGUGGAGAACGAGCGCUCCUACCUGAUGCAGGUGGUGUGCCAGGGCACGCAGGCCGCCAGCGAGCAGAUGCGCGUGGCGGCAUUCCAGUGCCUGCAGAACAUCGCCGACAACUACUACCCCAAGCUCCAGGCCUACAUGACGGAGCUGUACGGCAUGACCACCAAGGCCAUCAAGGAGGACAAUGACGAGGUGGCCACGCAGGCCAUUGAGUUCUGGAGCACCGUGGCUGAGUACGAGCUGGAGCUGCUGGACGACGGCAAGGACGACGAGUGCAAGAACUUUAUCGUCAGCGCCGCCGACUACCUGCUGCCCAUCCUGCUCGAGUGCCUCACCAAGCAGGACGAGGAGGCGCUGGACGACGAGGGCGCCUGGAACCGCGCCAUGGCCGCCGGCUUCUGCGUCAAGCUGCUGGCGCGCAUCUGCAGGGACCGCAUCGUGCCGCAGGUGAUGCCGUUCAUCACCGCCAACAUCUCGGCGCAAGACUGGCACUUCCGCGAGGCGGCCACGUUUGCAUUCGGCUCCAUCAUGGAGGGCCCCUCCGUGGCCUCGCUGGAUGCCUACGUGCGCCAGGGCCUGUCCUACCUGGUCAGCGCGCUUAAGGACCCGCACCGCGUCGUCCGGGAGACCACCGCCUGGGCUCUGGGCCAGGUGUUUGAGCAGGUUCACGGCGCGGAGGCGGAGGGCGCGGCGCCCAUUGUGAGCAAGGAGAUGCUGCCGGGCCUGCUGACCGCGCUGGUGGAGUCGCUGAAGGACGAGCCGCGUGUGGCUUACUACGUGUGUGACGCCAUCCGCCUGCUGGCGCUGGGCUUCAACACCGGGGAUGCGGACACCUCGCCGCUGUCGCCUUUCCUGAAGGACCUGAUCCAGAAGCUGUACGAGGCGGCGGAGGUGUUCCGCAACCACCCCUCCCAGGAGAACAGCGGGAAAGCGCAGAUCGCGGCGUACGAGGCCAUCAACGACCUUGUCCGCACCAGCGCGCGCGACACGUUGGAGUUCGUGGGCACGCUGCUCACGGUUGUGCUGAACGCCAUCAACGCCAACCUGGCGGUGCCGCUGGGGUCGCAGCAGGCGGCGGAGAAGAUGGCGACGCUGCAGGGCCAGUUCUGCGGCAUGCUGCAGGUCUGCAUGGAGCGCCUCUGCCGCAGCGAGGACGCGCGCGCGGCGCUGGUGCCGUACCGGGACCAGAUCAUGGAGACGUUGCUCAAGGUGCUGACCAUGACCCAGGGCGGCGCGGGCGUGCACGAGGAGGCGAUGCUGGCGGCCGGCACCUUCACCGUGGCCACCGGCCCCGACUUUGACAAGUACCUGCCGCAGUUCAUGCCCUUCAUCCGCGCCGGCCUGCAGGACCACACCGCCUGGCAGGUGUGCCUAUCCACGGUGGGUGUGCUGGGCGACGUGUGCCGCGCCGUGAGCGCCGCCAUCUGGCCCUACUGCGACGAGCUGGUGUCCAUCAUCCUGGCCAACCUGGGCUCGCCCACCGUGCACCGCAACAUCAAGCCCGAGCUGCUCACGGUCCUGGGCGACAUGGCGCUGGCCAUUGAGGGCCAGUUCGCCAAGUACCUGGACGCCGUGCUCACCAUCCUGCGCCAGGCCAUGGGCAUGAGCGUGCAGAUGGUGGCCGCCAACGAUUACGACACCUACGACUACAACAACAUGCUGCGCCGCGGCAUCAUCGACGCCGUCAGCGGCAUCGCGCAGGGCCUGGGCGACGACAUGGUCAAGAACACGCCCGCCGGCGCCGCCUCGCGCGACCGCCUCACCGCCGAGCUGCCCGCCGUGUUCGCCUUCGUGUCCUCCGUCGGCGGCGACAAGACGGCGGGCGACGGCUGCUACGACGAGGACGUGGCGCGCGCCGCCAUCGCGCUGCUGGGCGACCUGUGCAGCGUGCUGCCGGCCGCCGGGCCGGGCCUGGCGCAGCAGCCCAGCAAGGACUGGACGCUGCUGGUGCAGUACGUGAUUCAGUGCGGCGACGACUCGCUGUCCGGCAACAACGUCAGCUGGGCCAUCGACCUGCUGAAGAAGGCCACCGGCAUGGCCAUGUAAGGUGUGGACUUGGAUUCGGAAGAGCUCGAGGCAUGCCGGACGCCGCGGUGGGGACGCGAUGCGGUGCGCAGCUGAGGCGGGAGCGGCGCCUGGAGCAGAGUCACAGCCUUGGUGGCGCGCGCGGGUAGCCAGAGGCGGCAGCAGCAGCCGGAGGCGGCAGUUUUUUUUUUAUCGAAGCCGAGCAGCGCUGGGCGACGGAGCCGCGCGUCCAGAGGUUUAAGAAACGUCCAGGUGGUGAGGCGGGCGAGAGAUAGGGUGGGUCGGGUGCGGAGGUUAGGAGCAGCGUUGCGUGCAUAUGGGUGUGCUUGUGUCCGUUCCUGUGCGGUGAAGCGCGUGUGCGUGGGUGUAUGUGUUCGCGGCGUGCUCCAGCAUCGCUAGGACGAUGCAGGAGGCCGCGGCACAGGAAGGCGGAGUGCCGCGUUGCAGGAGCCCAACCGGCAGCGCUGACGCAGGACGGUGUGUGUGGGGCGUGUGUCGCGGGGGCCAAUGUCCCAGCGGGAUGAUGCGGCUGUGGCGAUGGGGUGGGCCGAUGAGGGAGUAGGGGGAAGUCCAUUGCACACGCGGAGCAGGCGAUGAGCCGAAGGCUCGAGUCCGUGCAGGAGGAUAGGUCGUAGCAGGAAUGACUAGAUGAAGCAACGCGCUUAGCUGUGGAGGCGCGGUGGAAUGCAGAGGAAUUAGGAUAGGCGAGGUCUUGGCUGGGGGCAUAAAGAGCGAGAGAGCGAAGUGGGCGGGGGACUGAACCAACAAAUUGGAGAGCGCAUGUGUUUGGGUAUGUGGGUGUGCGUCACAAUGCUUUGGAGUGCGGGGCUUGUUGCGUCGAAUGUACGUCGAGCUCGGGAGCCGGGCAGAUGUCAAGAACGGGGGUGGAGGUGCGUUCACUCGUAGCGUGUAACCGUGCAGUGCCGUGCGCGUCCGUGCUAGUAAGAGCGUAUGAGGACUGAGCGUGCGUGCGUGUGCCCUGGCGAUACACAACGGUACACAGGAGAGGUGAGGCUAUCAGCGCAUGGACGGAAUGUAAUGCGCACAGUUCCACGCCAUGUUCCAUCACGAGCUGCACGCUAGUGCUCGUCUACACAGCUCAUCCGUGGACGCCGGUCGACUGCCUGCAGGUGCGCAUCGGCUAUGCUAUCCGCGCGGUGUGGCGUCGCAUUGAGUCUGUGUGGUGCUAUCGCCUUGGCCGGGCGCCCGGAGCGUGAGGAAUGCGCGUCAGCAAAACAUCGACACAACCUGCCAGCUACCGUCGGUACAGUAACAGCGCGCGAACGACGCACCAAUGCCUUGUCCCUUCUUGCUACGCAUUUAUGUGGGCACGGGUGGGAGCCACACACAUCGGGACUAC